AUGUCACACUUUAUCAUUGCCUUGUCAGACUGUAUCCUUGCCACAUCACACUUUAUCCUUGUCACAGAGCUGGAAAACAAGGAGCCGCUCCCGGACGAGUAUGUCAAGGCUGAAGAAGUGGUCGGGUUGCAGGCGGACAACUUCCUGCCCUUCCUGAAGACUAAAGACGUGACUCUGGUCAUGUUCUAUCAGCCGGACUGCCCGGCCUGCGAGUUUUCUAGAAAACAUGUCAAGAAGGCAUCAAAAGUCACGAUACGAAAUAGACAUUCGUACGCUGCUGUCAACUGUGAAGCCUCGCCAACCAUUUGUUGCAGCCAGAAGAUAACCAGCACUCCAUAUUUCAAGAUGUACAGCCGAGGUCGGGAGAUUGGCUUCAAUGACAACCCCAGAAUGUUCACAUACAAGGACAUGAAACACUGGGUGGAGCAGAUCAGUGUCUACAACGGGAUGGGCAAGAAAAUGUAA